AUGGAGGGCGAUGGGGAUGGCGUCCCACUCACGGCGGCUGAGAAGCAACAGGCGCUGGACGCAGUGGCGGCGAUGAUCGCCUCAACCAUCGAUGGCGCCAAUUGCGCAGACGUCCACGCCGCUCUUUCUGCCGCUCAACAGAGUACAGAGAACUGGCGGGAGGUAGUGCAGCAGAAGAUCGACGCCCGACAGCGGUCCUCCUCCUCCUCUUGCAACAAUACCAAUAAUACCAAUACCAACAUCAUCAACGGCAACGGUGAGGCUCCUGUAGAUGAUGAUAAAGAAUUUGUGAUGCUGUCGGAUGUUUCAUUACGGACAACAACAUGGGAGUGCCCAAAGUGUGGGAAUAAACAGAGUGUGGUUGAUGUACGCAGUUCACUACGACACAGUUCCACAUCCGCUGCGGUGCAUGUAUUGACGGACAACAACACUUCUUCCUGUUCCAUCUGUACAGGAGGAGACUUGUAA